AUGACAGACAGACAAAAGGGAGUGUUACCUGCUAUAGCAAAGUUGUUUCCAUGCGCUGAGCAUCGUUAUUAUCUCCGUCAUAUCCAUGAAAACAUGAAAGCUAAUUGGAAGGCAAAGCAAUUCAAAGACUUGCUAUGGGAUUGUGCAAAAGCAUCUACUGUUCAACAGUUUCAACGAUCAAUGGAGGAACUUAGAAAACUUAAUAAUGAUGCGUAUGAGUGGCUUAAAAACAUUCCUCCUCAACAUUGGUCUCGUUCACACUUUACAGGUAGAGCUCAUACAGAUGCUAUGCUUAACAAUAUGUGUGAAUCUCUAAAUAGCAAGAUUGUUGAAGGUCGUGAUGUACCAAUCAUUACAUGUUUGGAGUACAUUAGAGAGUACUUAGUGAAGAAAAUUGUAACUGUGCAAAAGGAAAUUGAUAAAGCUGUAGGUCCCUUGACUCCUACAGCUACUAUAUGGGUUGAAAAACUAAAGAAAGAGGCUUCACAAUUAAGGUGGGAACUAAUAGGGAUACCAUGUGCACAUGCAAUAGCAUGUAUGUGGGAGAUGUUGAAGAACAAAGAAAUUGAUAAGAUACUCGAACAUUGGGUCCAUCGAACGUAUUGGUUAGAAACAUGGAAGAAUAUGUAUUCUUUUACAAUUCACCCAAUCAAUGGAAGGAACAUGUGGGAGAAGUCUACAUGCCCUACAACCUUACUCCCUCCAAAACACCAUGUGCCCAUUGGAAGACCAAAGAAAAAGAGAAGGAGAUCUGCCAUGGAGGUUGAGGAUUUGGUGAAAGGUAACCAAUUGUCAAGAGCACAAAAAUCAGUGACAUGUUCUAAGUGUAACAAAAGUGGGCAUAAUGCAAGGACUUGCAAGGGACAGAAGGUUGGUGGUUCUCAAACUUCAAGGAAUGUUGGUGGAUCACAAACUUCAAAGAUUGUUGGUGGUGCUGGUAGUGAAAAAGUGAAGGUUGGAAGUGAAAAAGUGAAGGCCGGUGGAUCACAAACUUCAAGGAAUGUUAGUGGUGCUGGAAGUGCAAAAGUGAAGGAUGGAAGUGCAAAAGUGAGGGCAAGUGUUAGCAAAAAAGGGAAAGGUGUCCCAUAA